AAGGCCACGCUUGCGAAAGAAACCCGACGUGCUGUGUGGCCCCCAAUCCCUCCCUCCGCCCACCGUCAUAGCUCCGGUGCCAUUGCGGGUACAAGGUAGCUCUUCCGUGGUUCAAAAGUAAUUAAUAUACAUCAUCGCCGUCGUCCACCGACGGUUGCCACAUUCUCGUCUUGAAUCCCAUCUCCUUCAUGCCACGCCCUGCGGACCCUCACAACUCAACAACGUCGCCAUGUGGAUUCUACCUUUAGUCGGCUACCUCGGCUCCAUCGUGGGCUUCUGUUUCUUGACCCUGGCCAUCGCUUCGGGUCUGUACUAUCUUUCGGAGCUCGUCGAGGAGCACACCGUGCUUGCGAAGCGCCUGCUCACGAAGCUGAUUUACUCCGUCAUUGCCCUGCAGCUGUUGCUGUGCAUUGUCGACGGGUUCCCCUUCAAGUUGACCCUCAUGGGCGUUGUCUCCCAUGUCGUCUAUCUCGGAAACAUGCGACGGUUCCCCUUUGUCAGAUUGACGGACCCUCUAUUUCUCGCAUCUUGCGGCCUUGUCCUUGUCAACCACUACCUCUGGUUCCGCCACUUCUCCGCUGCCCAGCAAAGAUCGUACUCCAACAUGCACUCCUACCACGACCAGCCUGAUAUCCCAAGCUUUACCGAGAUCGCCUCAUACUUUGGCCUGUGCGUGUGGCUGAUCCCCUUCGCCCUCUUCGUGAGCUUGUCCGCGAGCGACAAUGUUCUUCCAACAAUGGGUAGCGAGGAUCCCCUGCGGGACUCUUCCGGCAAGAGCAAGCGGCAGGGAUUCGUCAAGUCCAUCGUUGAUACCGUUCUCGGCGCCAUGGGUGAGGUGUUCAGGACGAUUGGCUGGGAGCGCAGCUGAUCAAGGCUCGUUGGGCAAGUGC